AUGCCGACAUGUGUAGAAUGCGGUGCAUCUGUUGCAGACCUUUAUGCUCAAUAUAGUAAAGACAAUAUUAGGCUGACAACAUGUGACAAGUGCAGUAAUUUCGCAGACAAGUACAUUGAACAUGAUUUCAUCAUCAUCUUCAUUGACAUGUUGCUACAUAAGCCGCAAGUGUACCGACAUCUCUUGUUGAAUAGAAUUACCCAAAAGGGCAAUGGUAUACAGCCACAUGUGUUUCGAUUUGCCAUUCUUUUGAUUCUAUUUGAAGUCUACAUCAAAUGGUUUCGUUUGGAGAGAUAUGACACCGAGUAUGAUGUGAAUUUUAUAAAACAGCCACUGUGUUAUCAAUAUCUAUAUAUUCUUGCUCUUUGCAUAUUUGGUAAGAAAUUAUAUGAUAACCAAAUUUUUAGUAGGCUAAACUUGAAAUCCUUCUUAGAUUACAACUAUGUGGCAAUGGCUUUGAUAAUAUCUAGUUUUGGGAAGAUGCUCUUAAUCCUUAUGGUUAUUUGGGACUACAAGCAGCUAGAAUAUUCUUGGCUGGUCUCUAUUAUUGUUCUAGUAUCUAAUGUUGAGGCUCUCUCAGGUAAAUUUGAUAGAAAACAAGAAGAAUAA